AUGCCUGAAAAUACCAGUCAAUCUGGCAAUGGAUCACUCGGCGGUUCGGGUGGUUCAAACCAACAGCCUCAAGGAUCAUCUGGCUUACAGACGCAGACAACUCAGACGACUCAGACUACUCAAACUACUCAGACCAUUCAGUCAACAGUUGGGAACAACAACACUCCGAUAGGACAAGAUCUGCUGAGAGAUCAUCCUAACCAGAGCAUCGAUGCUCCGUCAUGGACCAUAGUCGGACCGGGUCGGGCUCUGUCGACUGCCAUCGUGGACCCGGCGGACCCAGCUUAUCUAGAUGUUUCGGACGACGAAAAGGAGAAGGCGGAGGAAGACAAAGGGAAGGGACAAGAUGACGGCAAAGGGAAGAAGCCAGAAACCAAGUAA